CUUACACAACACUGCUCAUCCCGCACGAGUCUCCACGGCGAGCACGGAUUACAAUGAACCCCCAAGUGGUGACUUGAAGGCGCCAGAGUUCCUCCAAACAUCCAGCGAACAGUCACAAAGACAGGUGGAGUCGCUUGGAUGAAUUGUGCCAGUUCUGCCAGAGCGCACGGAGAGGAACCGGUGCGCGCUUUGACCCGGUGAAUACGGAGGAGGCGAUGAGUAAAAGGUGAGCAAUGAUGCGGCCAGCGGCUCUGGAGUGAAGAUCGACUCAGAUGAAUGGACCGCAGGAUGUUUUCUGGCCAGGCUGGUCUCAAUUACAGCUUCAACCUGAGCGAUGACCGGGAGCUGGUGGACGCGCCGGCGGGCACGGCUAAGCUCUCCCCGACGGGCUUCGUCGUGCUGUCCGUGGUGCUGGGCUUCAUCAUGACUUUCGGCUUCCUCAAUAACUUCGUCGUCCUGCUUCUGUUUUGCAAAUUCAAAAAGCUGCGCACGCCGGUCAACAUGCUGCUGCUCAACAUCAGCGUCAGCGACAUGCUGGUCUGUUUGUUCGGAACCACGCUCAGUUUCGCCUCCAGCAUCCGCGGGAAGUGGCUGCUGGGGCGCAGCGGCUGCAGCUGGUACGGCUUCAUCAACUCCUGCUUUGGUAUCGUGUCGCUGAUCUCUCUGGUGAUCCUCUCCUACGACCGCUACAGCACUCUGACCGUAUACAACAAGCGUGGGCCUGACUACCGCAAGCCCCUUCUAGCUGUGGGGGGCUCCUGGCUGUACUCCUUGUUCUGGACAGUGCCCCCCCUACUGGGCUGGAGCAGCUAUGGCAUAGAGGGAGCAGGAACAAGCUGCUCCGUCUCCUGGACGGUCAACACUGCCCAGUCACAUGCCUACAUCAUUUGCCUCUUCACUUUCUGCCUGGGUCUACCCGUCUUGGUGAUGAUCUACUGCUACACCAGGCUGCUCUGGGCAGUCAAACAGGUGGGUAAGGUCCGAAAGACCGCGGCCCGGAGGAGGGAGUACCACAUCCUGUUCAUGGUUCUGACCACAGCCGCCUGCUACCUGCUCUGCUGGAUGCCUUACGGCGUCGUGGCCAUGAUGGCAACAUUCGGCCCGCCCAACAUCAUCAGCCCUGUGGCCAGCGUGGUUCCCUCACUGCUGGCCAAGAGCAGCACCGUCAUCAACCCUCUCAUCUACAUACUCAUGAAUAAAAAAUUCUACAGGUGUUUCCUGAUCUUGUUUCACUGCGAUCACUGGUCAUCAGAAAACGGCAACACCUCGAUGCCCUCCAAGACGACGGUGAUCCACCUGAACCGCAGAGUCUACAGCAACACGGUGGCCUGCACCGCCCAGGUCUCCACCGACACCCUCAACCGCAGCUUCCCGACCACCAAGCACACAACCCCACCCGAGGUCACGACCUGAGCCGGGAAUACUCCACCAGACGCAGCGUCCUGACCAAUCACUUGAUGCGCUUCAGUUAGAACGAACGGAAUCUACGGUGGAAUGUGGACUAAAGCAUGACACAUUUAUUAACGUAAAUGUACUUUACGCGUGAGUUUGUGCUUGUUCAGUGCGUGUCCAUUCAGUUUGUAUGCUUGUUUUUAUUGUACAGGACACAAAAGUACUAAAUGACCAGCAAAAUAUGUGCAAUGUAUGUGAACACCCAAUCAUUCACCUAUCUGACUGUUAAAACAUCUCUCACUCCUACACCAUAGGUUUAGAGUACACAAUUUGAUGACUUUUUCUGAAAUUACCACUCGAUCUACGGAGCACUUCUUUUAUGUCAAAGUGAUGCCAUUUGGGAAAAUAUUUCUACAAAUGAAGCCAAUUGGAAGGUCCGAGAACUUUGCGGCUUGUCAAAAUUCUUCAGCAGUGAGGACAGUUUGUUUCAGAAUUAAACCGUUUAUGUGCUUUUACUCCUUUACAACCUGAUCACAGAAGAAUAUUGGCUUUUCAAUUCCAUACUUCCAUUUUGAAAUACAAAAUUGUUUAUUUCCAUGCAUUUUUUCUACAAAACAAAGACCUAGUGCCUAUUCUUUGUUGCUUUUCAAUCAGUUUGUCGUCGUGCCAUGGAAAGGCUAGUCGAUUACAGACUUGUGCUUUCAUCAGUGGUUAAGUGGAUCGAUGUAUUCAUCGUUUAAAAUCUGUCUUUUCCUCCUUUUGCUUCCAGCAUCUGUAGUGUUUCGGCUGUAAAUAUUGCAGAAUGUGAAAAGUUGCCACAGAAAGACCUUAUUGUGAGUUUCACCUCAUAUGUAGGAAAAAGCUUCUAAUCCUGGUCUGCAUGUGGGCAUGUCUUUGAAUUCUGUCCAUUUGUGUGUUUGUGCUGUUCCCUCUUUCGAUAUGGUUUACUUUGUCUUAUUGCAUUAUUUCUCUGCAUGUAUUCAGGUACAUUCAACUUCGAAACAGUCAGGAACAAUGGAGAGGCAAUUACUUAGAGCUGUACUUGAUUAUAAACCUCUGGUCAGACUGAGAUGGGAGAACAGGGAUGUUUCACAAAGAAAUGUGCAGUCUGUCCAGCCGCAGAGAGGGAGGACUGGAGUACAUCUGAGGAGAUAGCUGGGAUGCAACAUGCCUUCCAGCUGCUGUUGGUGCACGGAUUAAAGGAUCUCUCAAGGUUGUUCACAAACUUCUGGACUACAAAAACAAGAAUGCAGCAUCUGGGAAUGGGAAUAUAUACAAACUGCUAAAAAAUAAUGACUGUAAGUGACAUGUAGACAAGACUUCAUGCAGAAAUCAGCCACGACUGAUGAGGACUUGCUCAAGAUGGGGUCGUUUCCCUCAGACACAAUGAAGACUCAUUGCAGAGUUGUGAUGAGGCCCAGGCCAAUGUGUAUUCAGAAACUUCUGACCUGAGCCCGUCUGGUAGUUGAUUUGAGUCUAUUCCAGCAGCGAAUGGAUGCCAAGCCUCAGACAUCAAAGGGACGCUCAUUUUACCAUCAUUCAGUAAUUGUAUUUCAUUGUUGGAUUUAAUUGUUUUAAUAAAUAACAUUGCUGUGCAAAAAGAAA